UAGCACAGGAACGCUACGGGGAGCGCACUCCAGGGGUGGACCUUGAACUCGCGAGGCAGCUCAGGGCGCAAGCAUGGUGCCAACGCCGAGGUGUGUGUGCGAAUGUGCGUGUGUGCGCGCGCGUGAGCUGUAGUUUGGGAUGAGCUGCUUUGGGAGGAGCGGAGUUCCAGGGAAAAGCAGAAUUCCUGCCUGCCUGACUGGGAUAAAGCCCACAGUUUAGCCCGAGUUAGCGCUGCACGGCUGGGCUAGGCCGCGCGGAGUGAACUUCCGCGGCUCUCUCCACGCCGAGCGGGACUUCUCUGUUUUUGUGCUUCGCUAAGCACUAAUGGGAUUUGGGCUGAAAGUGAGAGUCUUGGCAGAGGAAUGAGCGAGCGAGCGAGAGAGAGAGAGAGAGAGGGAGAGAGAGAGCUGCACGUUCAGUAGCUUAAUGGAGGUCUGCAGCUCUGGCUGACUCUGACCGUGGACCAUGGAGCACUGCCUGACUGAUGGCUUUGUUACUUGGCGGUGCUGAAUCUGGAAUUAUUAAAGACCAGUUGUUCCUCAUGUUCAAAACGCUGAAGUGAAGACCACCCAAGCAAUGCAGUAGUAGGGCCUCCAUAUGUCCGAAGCCCUCCUACCCUAAAGUAACAUUCAAAAUAAAUUUUAAAAUAAAAGAAACUUUGUCUCAGAAUGAGCGUACGCAGAGCAGGUGGGCAGAACCGCGCCCACGCUAAGGCCGUGGGGGUCGUGACUCGCUCCAUGCGCCUCCUGCUGGACACGGACGACCAGAACGGAAACAAGGUGGCGAGCGGCAGCGACAAGGCCUCCUCCCCGGAGUCCACACGGAGCAGCAGCAGCCUGAGCAGCAGCGGCGGGAGCAGCGGCGGGAGCAGCCGGCAGAGCCCCGCCGACGUGGAGAUGCUCGACUGCUGCCUCGGCAAGGAGGCCGUCCCCCUGACCAAUGAGGGCUUCGGCCCCGCCCCUUUUCACGGCUCGGGGUGUGGCCAGGACGAGGGGAUUACGCGCCUGGAGUCCGGCGGCCAGCCCACGUCCCUGUACCUGGACACCAAGCCCGACAACUGGAACGACAACCUCGCCUUGGCGAUGACCGGUCUCCAAGACGACGCCCGCCGCGGCGAGGGCAGCGACCGGAGCGCGGACGCCUCUCCCGACUCCGCCGUGAGCGAGGGCGGCGGCGGCGGCGAGCCCGCCGUCCCGUCCCGCCGCAGCUCCUGCGACGGCCGGGUCUCCUCCGCGUCCGUCAGCUCCGGGGAGACGGCGCUGAGGAGCGACGGCGUCGGCCUGAGCGAUUCGGGGAGCGACGGGCCCCCGAGCGCCUCCCUCCUCGGGGGGUCCCCCGCCCCGACUUCGGCGCCCGGCGACAUCGGCGCGUCGUCGAUCGCGCUGCCCGACGUCUGCGAGGGCCUGCGAGACAGAACGCCGAAGGCUGGCGCGUCGGGCGAGGACGUCGGUUCCCAGGGCGGCGGUGUUGCCCUUUUCCCUCGGCCGAGCGGCGAGGACACGUAUUUGGCCAUCGACGAAAGUCCGCCGGGUCCGCCGUGCGAAGCGCAGGCGAAGGAGGGCCGGUCGACGGGCGCUGCUGAGCAGGAGUGCUCCUCCCCCGCGCCGCUGUGCAGGACCUACGUGGAGGCGGAGCCGCUGCAGUGCAGCUCUGGCGCGUGCACCCCCGUAGGGGGCGGGACCUUUUUGGUGCUUGGCUCGGAGGACUCGGACACGAGCUGCGGGGCGCAGACCUCCACCCCGGUGCAGGGCUCGGCCGAGAACAAGACCUUCUGCCUCCCGCCCCCGUCCCAGUCGCCGUGCCGGGGUGACCGUGGCAACGUGGGCAGCCCCGCCGCUCGCCCCCCGAAAGGGCGGCCGCGUCCCCCCGUCCCGCCGUCGCCCGCGGCCUCCAGGCCGCCCGCGUCCGCGGCCCACCGGCGCGCCAAAACGGUCCCGACCAGGUUCCCGCAGCCCGACCUCAAGAACGUCAAGCCGAAAGUCAUGUCCCGGCCAACCACCCCGCUAAGGGUGUCCAACCUCGCUCGGGUGGCGACCACCCCCGGCAAACCCGCUCCGGCCAAUCAGAACGCCCCCGCUGGUUCGCCUGCCCAGAGAAAAGGGGAAGCGGGCGACGGGGGUAAAAGACUUGGGACAUCCUUAAACUCAAACAAGGGGGUGACUCAGAAGUCCAGGCCACGCAGACGUUCGGAGUGCGAUUCUGCUGUAAGGCCGCGGAGGGACAGCCUGCUCUCCUCCGCGCAGAGGGACACGGCGAACAGGGGCGGCUCUUCUGCCAGUAACGUGACUUUCGACACCCUCGUGCCCCCGUCUGAGCCUGGGCGACGGAAGACGCCGGUUCAGGGGGCCGACACCCCGGGCGGGACGGUCCGACCCUCUGAGGCCGAUUCGCGGGAGAAUGGGACCCCAGCAGAACGCUGUGCAGAGAACCAGGAAGUCGGUUCGGCUGCGGCGGCGGACGGGGCGGACGGGGGGCGAGGCAAACUUGGACCGAGGCCAUCCCCCGGUGGAGCGAGAGGCUCCUCGUCCUCCAGAGCGCCGGCCGCAGACCAGAGAGCGCCGGCCCCCGCACCCAAACCCGCCGCUUCCAGCAAAGAUGGCCGAGUCUCCGGCGGCAUGUCAGUCUCACGGGCCAGGCAUACCGCCGCCGCUGCCGGAAGUCAGAAAGCGAGACUGACGGAGAGGCCGUCGGUCGCCCCCGGCGCCAAACCCACCCUGGGCCCGGGUGUGGCCCUGCCGCGGUCCGCGGGCGUGUCCAGGCUGCCCGUGAAGGCCCAGGACCACGGCGAGCCGGGUCCGGCCACAGGCGGCGCACAAGCAGCUUCGGUUCCUGCCAGUGGCGGUAAGGCGGGUCCUGGGCCCCCAGCCCCUCGGCAUGCUGGGAAACCGCCCAUCACCAAGACCACCGGGGGCGUGAGAGUCGUCGUCCAGUCUCCUCAGAGGAAGGCCCUCGCUGCAGGAGUGAAGAAUGCGGCUGUAACGAGCCAGACGCCCUCGAAGUCCGCGGCGAGCCCGCUGCACCGGGCCGGGUCCGGAAGGUUCCAGCGGCCGGCCACGGCUCCUCCAGUGGACCGGAGCAGGCAGCAGCGGGCGAGCCCCCGGACCCAGGCUCCCGUGCCGACGCCCGCGCCGCCGGACCUGCUGCCCGCCGACACCAAGCCGCCGGGCGCGGAGCUCCACCGGCCGCGGGCCGACGGCGGCGCCGGCGGCAAGCGCCUCCAGCAGCUGAAGAAGCUCCUCGCCUCCGGAAACCGCCGCUUCGAGGCCGUCGCCGUGGUAAUUCAGCACGUCGUCGCGGAGCGUGAGGAGGCCGAGAAGCAGAAGCGAGAGCUGUCUCAGGAGCUGCUGGCCCUGCGAGGGGAAUUGGUGACCUCGUCCGCGUCCUGCGAGACCCUCGAGCGGGAGAAGGAUGAGCUGCGCGCGGCGUUCGACGGCGUCUUGCGCAAGGCGCAGGAGCAGCACCAGAGCGACCUGGCCGACCUGGAGCAGCGGCUCAAGGCCUUCUACUCGGCCGAGUGGGAGAAGAUGCACCAGGCCUACCAGGAGGAGGCCGACCGCUGCAGGAGCCAGAUGCAGCAGCAGCUGGACGAUUUCAAAUCCAAGCACGAAGCCUUGAGGAAAGAACUGGAAGAUGGCCACGCGGAGAAGCUGGAGGGCCUGAAGCAGCACUACGAGGCGACGUUGGAAGAACUCAGGACCAGCCAUCAAGAGGAAAUGGAAACUUUGGACAAAACGCUCAAGGAAGCUGAAGCCAAGCUAACCGAGCAAGUCCAGGAGCUCACAGCCGAGAACAGCGCUUUAAACGAGAAGCUGAACGCUGAAGAGGAGCGGAGGAGAAUUCUGGCUGAGAAAUGUCAGAAGGACUCCCACACCCUCUAUCUGGAGCAGGAGCUGGAAAGCCUCAAAGUGGUGCUGGACAUCAAGAACAAGCAGCUGCACCAGCAGGACAAAAAGCUGAUGCAGAUGGACAAACUGAUGGAAAAGAGCGUGAAGCUGGACGAAUGCCUGAAGAAGGUCCAGCAGGAGAACGAAGAUCUGAAGGCCAGGAUGGACAGACAUGCCGCGAUGUCGAGGCAACUGUCGACGGAGCAGGCGGUGCUGCAGGAGUCCCUCCAGAAGGAGUCCAAGGUGAACAAGCGGCUCUCCAUGGAGAACGAGGAGCUCCUGUGGAAGCUGCACAACGGGGACCUGAGCAGCCCCCGCAAGCUCUCGCCCACGUCGCCCUCCAAGACCUUCCAGUCGCCGCGCAACUCCGGCGUCUUCUCCAGCGCGCCCGUCUCCCCCAGAUAGCGCUUUGCCCGCCCCCCCCUCGGCUUCGCGGAAGCUUCCGGGGAAACCGAGCCGGACACGGACUCCUCGGGCGAAAAAAAAAGGCUAUAUUAGCUGUGCACGGCUAGCCGCGACUCGCCGCCUGAAGAAGUCCAUUCUAAAAUGGAUACAUUUCUGCUGAUUUACUUUGUACAUCUGAUUUACUAUAUAUAUAUAUAUAUAUAUAUAUAUAAAGACUUUGGAAUGACAUUGUUGCACAGAAGCACUUAUUGAGCAAGGCUGACCUUGUUCUUCGCCUUUUUUUGGGAAAAAAAAAAAAAAGGAAAUCUCAGGUCCUGUAGAUAAUCACCGUGUUUGUAUCUUGUGCUUAGCGAAAGCUUGUUCACUGGGGCGGGGUUGCUGCGUGAGAGAAGUGUACGUGCGUGUGUGUGUGUGUGUGUGAGAGAGAAAGAGAAAGAGAAAGAGAGAGAGAGAGAGCGUGUGUGUGUGUGUGUGUGUGUGUUUAAGGCUUUCUGGUAACAAAACGACGAGCAGAAAUAUUCACGUUUUGAAAACCCGGCCUCCGUAAAAUGCGCGUCGACUCCCGAGGAAUCCGAGAGCGAAGGCCUUUCUUUGUGAGAGCGAGGAUCCUGAGGAGGAGCGAGAGCGAAGGCCUCUCUUAGUAAGAGCGAGGAUCGUGAGGAGGAGCGAGAGCGAAGGCCUCUCUUUGUAAGAGCGAGGAUCGUGAGGAGGAGCGAGAGCGAAGGCCUCUCUUAGUAAGAGCGAGGAUCGUGAGGAGGAGCGAGAGCGAAGGCCUCUCUUUGUAAGAGCGAGGAUCCUGAGGAGGAGCGAGAGCGAAGGCCUCUCUUAGUAAGAGCGAGGAUCGUGAGGAGGAGCGAGAGCGAAGGCCUCUCUUUGUAAGAGCGAGGAUCUUGAGGAGGAGCGAGAGCGAAGGCCUUCCUUUGUAAGAGCGAGGAGGAGCGAGAGCGAAGGCCUCUCUUUGUAAGAGCGAGGAGGAGCGAGAGCGAAGGCCUCUCUUUGUAAGAGCGAGGAUCGUGAGGAGGAGCGAGAGCGAAGGCCUCUCUUUGUGAGAGCGAGGAUCUUGAGGAGGAGCGAGAGCGAAGGCCUUCCUUUGUAAGAGCGAGGAGGAGCGAGAGCGAAGGCCUCUCUUUGUAAGAGCGAGGAUCGUGAGGAGGAGCGAGAGCGAAGGCCUCUCUUUGUGAGAGCGAGGAUCUUGAGGAGGAGCGAGAGCGAAGGCCUUCCUUUGUAAGAGCGAGGAGGAGCGAGAGCGAAGGCCUCUCUUUGUAAGAGCGAGGAUCCUGAGGAGGAGCGAGAGCGAAGGCCUUUCUUUGUAAGAGCGAGGAUCCUGAGGAGGAGGCCUCUCUUUGUAAGAGCGAGGAUCGUGAGGAGGAGGCCGUGCUCAGAAGCAGCCGCUCCGACGCCGGCAGUGUCACACGUGUGUGGAUGUGCUUGGCGUGAGCGCACGGUUGGGGCGUGGUGACCGGGCAGUGAACCCUGCUCAGCCGCAGCGAAAGCCAGCGCUCUGCAGCCGUUAAUCUCUGCCCCCCCCCCCCCCUCCUCUCCUCUUAUCAAUUCUGUCCUUCCCUUCGCCUUAUUUUAAAACGAGUCUGUUUCUGCGUUCCUCACAUACAUGCAUCCCCGCUUUUGAGUGUGAAGUGCUGUUGUGUGUUCAUCCCAUUUUAGAGAGAAUAAAGUUGUCAUUUCUAAGUGCAGGGACCCCCCGGCUGAAAGAUCACGUGUGUUUAAUUGGCCUAGUCUGGACAUUGUUCGUUUCCAUUACUGUCUUUACCUCAUUACCCACGUCUUGAUCCGGUUUUCUUUCUCAUGCCAAGAACAACAUCUCCUGCUUUAAAUUGUUUGUGUUAUUGUUUGUCUGCAUCGCUGUCAUUUUUAAAGUAACGAGCUCCUGGUAAAGUUCUGUAGACUGGGAGUGUGGCCUGUGUGUUAGGCGUUCUACGCAGAACUGGACCAAAACCUGGCUUCGCGCUUUGCGUGUUCUGCGAGUUUUUGAACCGAAUGUUAUUCUGCAGACGUGUGGCGCUGAAAGAGGUCUUCACCGCAUGAACGGAUAUCCGAGUCUGCGCAAAAGCCCACCGUUGUACCCGUCAAUCUCUGCUCUUCUGCGACGCUGGAGGAGAAACCGUGCGGCGUUUGGGCCUUGCGUCCGGGAUUCUGUUUGCACAUCCACUGGAAUGUCAGCUACGGCUUUGCUCUAUGCUGCGCCUGUACAUAUUUGUGGAUGCCUUGGUCCGAGGAUUGGUGUGUUCAUUCAAGCAGUAUGAAGCAGUAUUUGAAGCUUCUGCAAAAUCGUCUGCUCUGUUAACCAGAACUGUAUUUCUCUGUGGUGCAGUGCUCUCCUUCCCCUUCACCAAAAAACAAAACAAAAAAAAAUAUAUAUAUCGUGCACUAAUUUUACUCUGUGCCAUUUUCCCCUCUGUAUUAUGAUGCCCAAGUCGGUUUACCCAUAUUUUCAGCCAGGAGUUGUGUACCUGGGUCAAACCCCUGCAUUGCUCAUGCAGUUUACAUUAACCAUAGCAGAGGAUAUCCCAGUCUCAGCCUUCAGAACGGAGUUUCUGCUUUCAGUGGUCAGUAUGUAGUAAAUCCUGCAAGAGACCCGGACACUGGAACUGUGCUGUGGGACCAAUAAGACUGCAAGAUGAACAGACCUGACUGUCGAGGCUACAGAAACCGCAUUUCCCACAGUCCCUUGUGUUUUCCCAGCCUCUCCUCCUCCUCUUGUCUCAGCUUUAAGAUCCUUUUAUUCGCAAAGAUGAUGUCGCUGCAGUUUGACGGCGGGGGAAGUUUAAAGCUUAAUGCGUAAAUUAAGAGUAAUGUCUAGGAAGAUUUUCUUGAAAUUGUAUCCCAAAAAAGUAACUGUGUGGAUGUUGAAAUUAUUGGUGUGAAGCAAGAUAUGCAAUUAAUAAAAAGUCAUAUAUAUAUGAAUUAUAAAA